GAUUUGUAAGGUCGCCGCUAAAAAUACCACUCCAGGUAUUAUUAAUACAGUACUGGACACAUCAUGGGCGAUGUCCGCGUGGUAUGCCGUGUCCGUCCCCCCAACUCGAUGGAGAUCGCGCGAGGCGUCGCAGGUGUGAGAUGCGUGAAGACGCAGUCACCUGGUCUCGUGCAGCUUUACUCGGAUGGGAUCGAGAGUGGGAACGCGCCGCAAGGGUUCACGUUCGACAGUGUGUUCGGGGAAGACUCCACCCAGCAGCAAGUGUUUGACGAAGUCGCGCGGCCUGUGGUGGCAGACAUCAUGGAAGGAUACAACGCAACGAUCUUUGCGUAUGGACAGACGAGCAGCGGGAAGACAUUCACGAUGGAAGGGGCGUCGAUCGACGACGAAGCUUUGCGCGGUAUCAUCCCCCGCACGGCGACGGAACUGUUUGCGCGCCUCAUGGAAGCCGACGAGAACAUGGAGUUCGUCGUCAAGGUUAGCUAUAUCGAGAUCUACAUGGAGCGCAUCCGAGACUUGUUGGAUCCGUACAAGACCAAGAUCAACCUCCAGGUCCGCGAGGACAACGACAAGGGCAUUUACAUCGACGGGGUCACGGAGCUGUGCGUGACGAGCGACGACGAACUGCUCUCCACGAUGCGUAGCGGGGCCGCGAAUCGCGCGGUGGCCGCCACGGGCAUGAACGAAGGGAGUUCGCGGUCGCACAGCGUGUUUAUGGUCACGUUGUACCAGCGCAACUUGGAGACCAAUUCCACCAAAGUCGGCAAGCUGUACUUGGUCGACUUGGCCGGCAGCGAAAUGGUGCGCAAGACUGGUGCGUCCGGCAAACAACUCGAGGAAGCCAAGACAAUCAACAAAUCGCUGAGUGCGCUGGGGAUGGUCAUCAACGCCCUCACGACCGCGAACGUCGGCUUUGUCCCGUACCGAGACAGCAAGCUCACGCGGGUGCUGCAAGAAGCCCUCGGCGGCAACUCACGCACAUCGCUCAUUAUCAACGUAUCCCCGAGCAUCUACAAUGCGCCAGAGUCCAUGUCCACGCUCCGAUUUGGGAACCGCGCCAAGGCAAUCAAGAACAAGGCGGUCGUGAACGCCGAAAAGAGCGCCGAAGAGUACAAGCAGCUGCUCGCCAAGGCCGACAAGACCAUCAAUAUGCAGCAAAACUACAUUGUCGUGCUGGAGACGCGAUUGAAACAGCAAUUGCCAACGGUUCCUGCGGCUCCAGAGGCGGCUCCAACAGUUCCAGCGGACAGUGUCGCAUCGUCCAGUACAUCGCCAGAACAAGAAGCCGCGACCCUUGCUGCCCUCCAAACCCUGCAAGAGCGAGUCGUUCGACUGGAAGAGCAACUCACCGAAGAGCAGCAUGAGUCGACCCGGCGCGGCGACGAGAUCCGGUCGCUCACGGCCGUGCUCAACGACGCGAAAGCCGCGGCGGCCAACGACCAGCGGACGUGGGAGCGGCAGCGCGGGGACGAUCAGACGGCGCGGCUGCUCCAGGAAGAGCUGGCCAACAUGAAGCUUGAAAUGGACAAGGUCAUGUUUGAAAACCAGGAGAUCAAGCUGCAUGUGGAGACGCUGCAGCAAGAACAGACUCGGCUGUUGGCAAGCGACGCAGACUCGACCGCCGCCGCCCGUCUGUCGGUCGGCGGGGGCAGGGGGGAUGAGGAGGACGUGGACAUGACAGCCGCCACGCCGCCACCGACGCCGCCCGUGACCCGCGUCGGCAGUUUACUCGCGACUGGUGACGAGAGUAGUGCGGCCAAGUUGGAAGUGGAGUUGAAAGCUGCUCAAGAAGAAUUGGUGCAGCAUCAAACCCAAGCCCAAAAGGACAUUCAACGGUUCACGGAAGAGCGCCGCCAGCUCACGAGCCAGAUUCAAGACCUGGCGCUGCAGUUACAAACCGUCCAAUCAAACCAACAAGCGAUCUUGUCCACGAGUGGUCCUACCGGCAUGUCGGCCCGCGAACGACAGCACAUGCGAUCAAUUCAGCAGAAACUCGAACAACUGGUGGCGGUGCACAGACAGUUGCUGCGCAAGUACGCGUCGUUGGAGGCCGAACACAACGAAGCGCGCCAGAAGCUGGGACUGCGGGACGACCGCAUCAAGUCCCUCGAGGCCAACACGCGCCUCAUGGCGAGCAACAUGCGGUUGCAGUCGGAAAAACAUUUGGAAGAGCUGAGUGCGCUGCACGUCCAGCUCGCUGAGCUCCGCAAGAACUUGACAUUGGACCUCGAAGACCGCGUGAGCAUUGACGGGUCGCUGCCGGCUGCUGGAGGCAUUGCCGCGUCGGUGCCCGUCCGUCGGCAGACCAGUCUGUACGUCCGUCAAAACAGCAUGGUCGGCGACGGCGUGAUCCGACCCAUCCGCGGCGGCGGCAGACGGCAGAGCACGCUCGACUCGCCGCCCAAGUCGUCGUCCAUCCAAGUGCCUGACACGAGCAGCGCCGGCGGCCUCGGCUUUCUCCAGCGCAUGUUAGGGCUCAAAUAAGACUGUAUAUAAAGUGUAUGGGGUUUCGUUGUUUUUUGUAUGGGCAACACUAUAUGUGAAUCUACAUUUCCCCCCAAUCGGCGUCGUCGUCGUCGAAAUCAAUUUCCUCGUCCGACUUGAGCCCAAAGUCCAACACAUCCGCCGCCACCACGGACGACGGGGCUGCCGUCCCCCGAGCCGCCUCGGCAUCUGCUCGCAACCGCGCCUCAGCUUCCACUCGCAGACGCGCCUCUUCUACUCGGGCUUGCUCUUGUACCAAUGCCUGGGCUUCCUUUUCUGCGCGAACUCGAGCCUCUUCCUGCGCGACUGCUUGGGCUCUGGCUAGCGCUUCCGCGUGACGUCUAGCCUCCUCCUCCUCGAUAGCUUCAGCUUCCGCGCGCAACCUCGCAUCUUCCUUCGCUUUCUCUCUCAACCGCGCCUCUUCUUCGGCCGCCCGCGCGUCGGCUUCCGCCUUGGCCUCCGCGGCGGCUCUGGCUUCUGCUUGCGCCCGAGCCUGAGCCUCAGCGUGAGCUCGAGCUUCUUCUUGGGCUUGGGCUCGUGC